AUGCCCGCCAUCAGCCCAGCAGCAAUCCCAGCAUUCCUCUCGCGCUUGUCAAGCCGUCUCGCGGCUUCCCCCGCCGCUCCACCACCGACAGCCUUCAUCCUCCCUCUGGUCGCUGCAACAACUCUCAGCCACGGCAAGACCUGGCUGAAGCCGUGCAUCGAUCUUGCCUUCUCCAGUUGUCCGCCUCGACCAUCUCCCAUCCCCUACGAACCGCCACAUCCGCUAGACGACGCAUCUCUGCACCCUCGCCGGUUCGCGGUCUCGCAAAUCAAAGAGGCGCUCUUCAAGUCGUCCAUCCUGAUUGGCGUACCGAAGGCCAUCGAGACGUUGCUCGAGCUGGGAGACGUGGUAGAAGAGGAGGACAUGAGCAAGGCGUUCGUCAGGUCGGAACUCUCGCUGCCAGAACAGACGGUGACGGAGAGAUGGGUCAACGGGCAGGACGGCUUGCGCAGCGUCUACCAAGAUCAGCUCGACGAUAUCUUCACCCUGAUGGCGAAGCUUGGCCUCGAGGAUUUGGAGCACAUCUCACAAUGCGUCACCUACGGCACCUUCCUCACCCCUUACUCGACCCGCGCCUCAUCCUCACCAACUCCCGACCCUCUCGCCCACGACCCUAAACUCCUCUCCGUCGUCACCCUCUCCGCGCUGAUACCGCAAAGAACGGAGCGCGAGAUCUUGUGGCACCUGCGGGGAGCAAUCAGGCGCGGAUGGAAGCGGGAUGAGGUGGAGAAGUUGCAGGCGAGCGUUGAGGAGGUUUGCGAGGCGUGCGGUGUUGAGGAUGUCGGAAGGGGAAUGCCCCGGGUUGCGGACGUCGAGCGGCUGCCAGAGGAGGAGCACUCAUGA